AUGUCUUCUUUGAGAAAGAAAGUAAAAUCAGUAAAAAAAAAAAGGUUGAAAGACAGUUUUACCAUUGGUGUAAAACCCUGUCUGAAAUGCAAUAAAUGUUUGUCUUGUGUUGCUGCAGGACUCUUUCAUCGUGCCAUAAUCCAGAGCGGCUCAGCCUUGUCCAGCUGGGCCGUCAACUAUCAGCCGGUCAAGUACACGAGGCUGCUGGCGGAGAAAGUGGGCUGUAACGUGCUCGACACCCUGGACAUGGUGGACUGUCUAAGAAAGAAGAGUGCUCGUGAGCUGGUCGAACAAGACAUCCAGCCAGCGAGAUACCACGUAGCCUUUGGCCCAGUCAUUGACGGCGAUGUCAUUCCUGAUGACCCUGAGAUCCUGAUGGAGCAGGGCGAGUUUCUCAACUAUGACAUCAUGCUGGGUGUCAACCAGGGCGAGGGCCUGCGCUUUGUGGAGAACGUCGUGGACUCUGAAGAUGGUGUCUCGGGCAAUGAUUUUGACUUCUCGGUCUCGGACUUUGUGGACAGUCUGUAUGGUUACCCGGAGGGCAAGGAUACUCUGCGAGAGACCAUUAAGUUCAUGUACACGGACUGGGCCGACAGAGACAAUCCUGAGACGCGCCGCAAGACGCUGGUGGCACUCUUUACCGAUCAUCAGUGGGUGGAGCCCUCGGUGGUAACAGCAGACCUUCACGCCCGGUAUGGGUCACCCACCUACUUCUACGCCUUCUACCACCACUGCCAGAGUCUGAUGAAACCCGCCUGGUCAGACGCAGCUCACGGAGAUGAGGUACCCUACGUCUUUGGUAUUCCCAUGAUUGGCCCAACUGACCUCUUUCCUUGCAACUUCUCCAAAAAUGACGUCAUGCUCAGUGCUGUCGUCAUGACCUAUUGGACAAACUUCGCCAAAACCGGGGAUCCCAAUAAGCCAGUGCCUCAGGAUACCAAAUUUAUCCACACUAAAGCCAAUCGUUUUGAAGAGGUGGCCUGGUCCAAAUACAAUCCUCAAGACCAGCUGUACCUGCACAUCGGCCUGAAGCCACGCGUCCGUGACCACUACCGCGCCACAAAAGUGGCUUUUUGGAAGCACCUGGUCCCUCAUCUCUAUAACCUACACGACAUGUUCCACUACACCUCCACCACGACCAAAGUGCCACCAGCCGAGACAACUCAGAAUUCCCUUUCCACCAAACGGCCCAAUGGCAAAGCCUGGCCGUUUAACACCAAAAGACCUCCCAUGUCGCCGGCCUACAACAGCGAGAGCGGAAAGGAACAGUGGAACGGAGAAGAGGAGCCAGGUCCUCUGGUGGUCGAGAACCCACGGGAUUACUCGACCGAGCUGAGCGUGACAAUCGCAGUCGGGGCUUCGCUAUUGUUCCUCAAUGUUCUGGCAUUUGCUGCAUUGUACUAUCGUAAGGACAAGCGUCGGCAGGAACAGCACCCGCAGCCCAGCCCGCCCCGAACCACCACCACCAAUGACGUCAACCGGCACGGCCCUGAAGAGGAGAUCAUGUCUUUGCAGGUCAACCAGACACACCAUGAGUGCGACGCAGGGCUGCCCGGCGACCCACUGCGACUGGCCUCGCUUCCCGACUACACGCUGACUUUGCGCCGCUCGCCUGACGAUAUCCCGCUCAUGACGCCAAACACCAUAACUAUGAUCCCCAACUCGCUGGUGGGUAUGCCUAAUCUACAUCCGUACAACACCUUCACGGCCGGCUUCAACUCUACCGGCUUGCCACAUUCCCACUCAACCACGCGCGUAUAGCUUUACGAAGAUCUGGUUGGGGAGGUUUCGGAGAGGAAUAGGGACAAUGAUGGAAACAAAAGCAUUUGAAUAGACUUCUGCAACAAGGAAUGACAAAUUCCUUCCAGAUGUCAAGUUGUGAAAACCUGCCAAAACAAAACUGCUCUGUUUGGGUGAAAAGGAGUGAACAUUUCAAGCAGUAUUUUUUCUAAUCACCAUUUUAAAGGAAAAACGCCUUUUUAAGCAGAAUCGUGCAAAAGGGGCGAUCACUUUUUUCUUGAAUAAAUAACAAAAGAACAAAAACAAAGGAAAGUGCAUUUUAUUUCUCAUCAUAGUCUUUUGUGGGAAACACGUUUCAAAACUGUGGCCUCUGAGGUGACAUCUGCAUAAUUUUGUUUGCGUUGCUUUUCCUUUUCUUUUCAAUGCCUUAUAAAGACCUUGUUUUCUCUCUCUCUCUCUCUCUCUCUCUCUCUCUCUCGACGAUUUUUCCCUAAAAUGAGUUUGGGUGGAACGUACUGCAGUGAUCUAUCUUGGAUUGAAACAGCAACAGCGAUGUGUUCUUUUCAGUCGCAUAACCUUACCCAUGGUGUUUUAACUUCUUUUCUUGAUUCUAUUGAAAAUCCUUAGUUUGAUACUUUGCCAUGGGACAAGACUGGAGAAGUUCCUCUAACCCUUUUGUUUCAAGGAAAGUGCAUCUUUUUCAAUUGCAGCAUCUUAUAUUCAUGAAAUAACAUUUACACACAACAAUCAGAGCACUGUUUGGUGUGUGUUUGUGUGGGAUUCUGAUUUAAGUAUGGAUGAGAGCAUUUAAGGUGAAUGUGUGUGUGAUUCUUUACCAUUGCAUUGAUUUUGUUUACCAUAAGUAAAGUGAUUCAAUUUCGUCUAUGGUCAUCUGUCUUUGCGAAAUAGAACUUUUUGUUAUUUUGAAGUUACAUAUGUCUAAUUUUGCUUAAGAAUUACAAAAUAAAUGUAUUAUUUUACAUGCAAGAGAAAACAAUAGCUGAAGAUUGAACUGAACUAACGGACAUGAUUCCAUUGACUUUAUAAUUGUUCUUCUCGACUGGAGACAGUGGCCUCUUUACACUGAAUAACCCAUCAGUUUAGA